UCCACCCAAUCCUUCCCACCCCACUUCAUCACAAGCCAAACAGCCCAACUCCCGAGCUCGAGCCACACAAGCAAAACCACAAACACCUUGUGUCCGCCAUGGCAAUGGCCACCGCCACCGCCUCCUCCUGCGUCGACGCCACGUGGUGGGCGUACGCCCUCCCGGCGCUCCUCGGCGCCGACACCCUCUGCGCCCACCCGGCGCUGCUCGCCGGCGCCGUCCUCCUGGCCUUCGCCACCGCCGCGGUGCUCGCCUGGGCCGCGUCCCCCGGCGGGCCGGCGUGGGCGCACGGCCGCGGCCGCCUCGGCGCGACGCCCAUCGAGGGGCCCCGGGGGCUCCCCGUGUUCGGCAGCAUCUUCGCGCUCUCCCGGGGCCUCCCGCACCGCGCGCUCGACGCGAUGUCGCGCGACGCGGCGGCGCCACGGGCGAGGGAGCUCAUGGCGUUCUCCGUCGGGGAGACGCCGGCGGUGGUGUCGUCGUGCCCGGCGACGGCGAGGGAGGUGCUCGCGCACCCGUCGUUCGCCGACCGCCCGCUGAAGCGCUCGGCGCGGGAGCUGCUGUUCGCGCGCGCCAUCGGGUUCGCCCCCAGCGGCGAGUACUGGCGCCUCCUCCGCCGCAUCGCCUCCACCCACCUCUUCUCCCCUCGCCGCGUCGCCGCGCACGAGCCGGGGCGCCAGGCCGACGCCACGGCGAUGCUGUCCGCCAUGGCCGCCGAGCAGUCCGCCACCGGCGCCGUCGUGCUCCGCCCCCACCUCCAGGCCGCCGCGCUCAACAACAUCAUGGGCAGCGUGUUCGGCCGGCGCUACGACGUCUCCUCCUCCUCCGGCGCCGCCGCCGACGAGGCCGAGCAGCUCAAGAGCAUGGUGCGCGAGGGGUUCGAGCUCCUCGGCGCGUUCAACUGGUCCGACCACCUCCCAUGGCUCGCCCACCUCUACGACCCCAACCACGUCGCCCGCCGCUGCGCCGCGCUCGUCCCCCGCGUCCAGGCGUUCGUCCGCGGCGUCAUCCGCGACCACCGCCUCCGCCGCGACUCCUCCUCCACCGCCGCCGACAAUGCCGACUUCGUCGACGUCCUCCUCUCCCUCGAGGCCCACGAGAACCUCGCCGAGGACGACAUGGUCGCCGUCCUCUGGGAGAUGAUAUUUCGUGGGACGGACACGACGGCGUUGGUGACGGAGUGGUGCAUGGCGGAGGUGGUGAGGAACCCGGCGGUGCAGGCGAGGCUGAGGGCGGAGGUGGACGCGGCGGUGGGCGGCGACGGGUGUCCCAGCGACGGCGACGUGGCGCGGAUGCCGUACCUGCAGGCGGUGGUGAAGGAGACGCUGAGGGCGCACCCGCCGGGGCCGCUGCUGAGCUGGGCGCGGCUGGCCACCGCCGACGUGGGGCUCGCCAACGGCAUGGUGGUGCCGGCGGGCACGACGGCGAUGGUGAACAUGUGGGCCAUCACCCACGACGGCGAGGUGUGGGCCGACCCGGAGGCGUUCGCGCCGGAGCGGUUCAUCCCGUCGGAGGGCGGCGCCGACGUCGACGUCCGCGGCGGCGACCUCCGCCUGGCGCCGUUCGGCGCCGGGCGCCGCGUCUGCCCCGGCAAGAACCUCGGCCUCGCCACCGUCACCCUCUGGGUCGCCCGCCUCGUCCACGCCUUCGACUGGUUCCUCCCCGACGGCUCGCCGCCGGUGUCCCUCGACGAGGUCCUCAAGCUCUCCCUCGAGAUGAAGACCCCUCUCGCCGCCGCCGCCACCCCCCGCCGCCGCCGCGCCGCCUGAUCUCGCCGACCACGUCUUACCUACGCUAAUUAAGCUUCGUUUUAGUCUCGUCUUCCUCCUUGAGCUUGCAAGAGACUAGGGUUUGAUGACGUCAUCCGAUGAUCGUGCUUAGUUCCAAUUUUGGCAGCUGCGUGUGUGGAGCUAAGCCACGAACAGAUAUAUAAUUAAUCUCAUAUAUAUAUAUGUAGAUGAUUAAUUAUGUAUGUAUGUAUGAAUGAAUGUAAUUAGGGCUUGAUUUGUGUGACGAACAUGUCGCGUCGUCAUCAUUUUGAUAAAUGGCUGGCUGUAGCUAGCUACCUCGCCCCCCAUUAUAUUUGUACCAGUUGAUGUAACGUGACGUAACGUAAUGUAAUGUAAUGUAAUGUAAUGUAAUGUUUGAUCAUGGAUUAAUUAAUUAUUACUAAUCAUGCCGUGUGAGCUUGUGA